AGUUAAUUAAGCUGUUUAAAUUCAAUUUCACUUCAAACUUCAAAUUAAUCAUCUUAUCUCCUUUCGCUAUAUCCUAAUCACCAUAGAUAGAAUCUUUGAACUUUGAAGUUUGAAGACACCUUUUCCUUCUUUUUCUUCUUCAUCUUCUCCUUCUCCUUCUUCUUUUCUCCGUCUUCGUCGCUUAUGUGCAAGACAAAGAUGGCCACGAACGCCGCAAGUCCCACUCCCACACCGCGAUCACAACAACGCUCCACCCAAAGCCCAACAACAUCCUCCCCAAGCUCCACACUCAGGCCCAAUCCUCGGCCCACCACUUCUUUCUCAGACAAACCCUCUACCUCUUACGCCUCCACCGCCAGCGCUCCCUACAGCGGCUCCACCGGCUACCGUCUCUCCUCCGACACCUCCAUUGCCAGCCGCACCUCCCUCACCUCUCUUCGCGACACGCUCCCAGAAAACCCUCACAUCUACGACUUCUCCGAAAUCUGCGCCGCCACCAACAACUUCCUCGCCAAGCGACACUCCUCCUCCACCCCCUGCUGGCGCUGCACUCUCCGCGGAGCAGACGUCAUUGUCUUCCAGCGCAAGUUCAUUCGCAAACUCCAGACGAAUGAGCUCCAGCAACUGCUCUCCGUCGUCUGCCGCAGCCACCACGUCAGCAUCAUCAAACUCCUCGGCGCCUCCGUCUCCGGCGACCACAUCUACCUCGUCUACGACUUCGUCAACGGCGCCAGCCUCUCCGAUUGUCUUCGCAACAAGAACAACCCGCGCUUCACCGUUCUCUCCACAUGGAUGUCGCGAAUGCAGGUCGCCACGGAUCUCGCUCACGCACUCGAUUACAUUCACAACAAAACCGGUUUGAACAUCAAUUUCGUCCACAACCGUAUCAAAUCUAGCGGCAUCAUCGUCACGGAACCUUCUUUCAACGCUAGGGUUUGCCAUUUCGGCACCGCGCAGCUCUGCGGCGAAAUCGACCUCGAAAACGAACAAUUAGGUGAAAUCAGCGAGAUAGGGGAGAAUUUUCCGCCGUCCCCGGCGAGAUCCAGGCAAUUCGAGGGCGUGCGGGGGUACAUGGCGCCGGAAUUUCAAGCCUCCGGCGUUGCGACUCAGAGGUCUGAUAUAUACGCUUUCGGAGUGGUGAUGUUGGAGCUCCUGUCCGGGGAGGAGCCACUGAAGUUUAAAUAUGACGAGAAGACGCGCGGAUUUUUGAGGACAUCGGUGAUCGAGACGGCGAGAGGCGUGGUUGACGGCGGCGAUGGUGGCGUGCAGGGGAAGCUGAGGAAGUGGGUUGAUCAGAGAUUGAAAGAUUCGUUUCCCGUGGACGUAGCGGAGAAGCUGACACGUGUGGCGCUGGAGUGCGUACACGUGGAUCCGGAUAAGCGACCGAACAUGGGACACGUUGCAGGGAAGAUCUCGAAGUUUUAUUUGAAGUCGAGGAUGUGGUCGGACAGUAUUAAGGUUCCUGAUAUCACUGUUUCGUUGGGUCCUCGUUGAGUUGUUCAUGUUGGCGGCGGCUUUGUGUUUUUUAAUUAAAGUGAAAGGUCGUUGAUUUCACAAGAUAGAACUGAAGAGUAUCACUGUUUUUAAAUUGAUAUUGAAAUUAAGAA